AUGGUAAAUUGUCUUGUCAAAUCCUUCCGACAUUCCAAGUUCUUCCUUCCGACAUUCCAAGUUCUUCCUUCCGACAUUCCGAGUCCUUCCUUCCGACAUUCCAAGUUCUUCCUUCCGACAUUCCAAGUCCUUCCUUCCAACUGGAAAAGUUUUUCUUUCCGACAGGAAAAAAAUUUCCUGUUGUUCGUCCGUAAACCAUUCAAAUUUUCGAAAAUUGAGAACUUUUUGGUCGACCUUCAGAAAAAGUUUUUCCUUCCGACAGAAAAAGUUUUUCCUUCCGACAUUCCGAGUCCUUCCUUCCGACAGGAAGAACUCUUCCAUCCGACAGGACACAAACGGAUGUCCGACGUUCCUCUUCCUGAAUGUCUUCCAAAGCCAGAAGAACCGACAGCCCCAGCACCACAACAGACUAAGACUAAACACUUACAUUUUUACGCUUGA